AUGGAUUGGCUAUUGCAGAGAUUUGAGCAGAACAUCCAUCCAUUGACAGACCUUUUGCUUGAAUACCGAUCUUUAAAGAAAUCCACGAAUUCAAGCUCAUAUCCACUCUUCCUCACUCAAAUUCCGACAUUUGACAAAAAAGCUAUUCAAGAUAUUAUUUCGAAGAUAAAAUCUGGGGCAACACUAGUAGAUUCAUUCGCUCCGUACAUCAAAUCCUUUAUUUACGAUGAAAAUACUCUUUCAAAUAUUCUUGAUGCGUGUAAAGAGUGCGAAAACCCAAAUCAACUCUUUAUUGAUGGAGUAUUGAUGUAUGCGUUAACACUCGUUCUCAAAAGUGAUACUCCUAACACUCAAAAAACUCUACUUUUGCUUUGUUCAUUAUUUCAACAAAAAAUCUUCAAGGCAAGUAGCAAAAUUACGCUUGUUUUAUAUAUUUCGUUCGUAGAUUCAUACUUAAACGACGAGAAUUUCAACUGGGAUAACGAUUCAAUCAUUGCUUGCUCAUCAUUCAUUCCUUUUUUCGAGGAACCGCUUCCUUCAUCUUUGAUAUUUGGUCUACUCAAAGCGUCUCAUAAAAAUUCUACCGAUGCUGGCCGAGAAAACAUAAUUAACUCAAUAAUUACUGUAAUAAUUGAUCGACAGAACUAUUUUACAAAGGAAGAGAUAUUUAAAUUAAUUUCCCUUCUAGAUUACUCAAUUAAAAAGCUUGAUCCAAGGGCUUUGCGUUUAUUAGCAAUUUUAUCGAAUACAGACUUACUACAUCCAAUCAAAGACGGCUUUGUCAUCAUAUCUUCGGUUUACGUCAACAUGAUUAUACAAGAACCUGUUUUUAUUUCAAAUUCAGAAUUUAUUGAAAGUUCUCCUGUCGAAUUAAAGGAAUCUGAGUUCAAAUUCCAUUCUUGUGAUGAAAAGGAGUUCGAAAUGGGAUUUUCUGCUAUAAAAUACGAAGAUUUGAAAACAAAUAAAACAUUUAAAAAUUUUCUUUCGCCAAUGAUGUUCGAUAAGGUACAGAAAUUAUGCGAAUCGAUUGAGCAGGCUGAUAUAGUCUGUUUGGACUGCUUCUUUACGUCAAUUGUCAAAAUAAUCACUGCAUACAGAAAUGAUCCACAUAUUUACGAUUUAAUUACAAACGAAGUGAUCCUUAUCUCACAUCUUGCUUCAUCAACACCAAUUCUCCCAUUAUCUGAGAUAUUUUUCUCUCAAAUAAUUUUUAAUCCGAAUAUUACAGUUUUUUCUGAGAAAGGAGCCUCCGAAACCAUCAAAUUCUUACGUGCAUCAUCAAUAAACACCCUUGCAUCGUCGGCACAAACACUUUUGGCUGAUUUAUUGAUACAAAAUUCCACAAACCAAUUAUUGUUCGCUGAAAUAAUUGGUCACAUCAUCUAUUGCGAAACACCAAUUGAUAACUCUACAUUUUUGACCGAUCCGUGCCUCCAAUCCAUUGCAGAGGUAAUUUCUUAUCUUUGGAGCCGUUUUGAUAAAUCUCCUAAGGUGAAAUUGGCCUUCAAUACAAUUAUGUCUUUUAUUUUCUCAUUAAUGACCAAUUCCGAGAACAAAGAAAUAAUAUUUUCUUCUCCAACCUUCUGCAAGGUCUUUUUACUGCUUGCAACAGAGUCCAAAUUAAUGAAUACCGUGUUUGUGACCAUUAGAAACUAUCUUCUCGCUAAUGAAUCUGAUCAAAUUUCAGCUGUAACGAAAGCCUUUGCAAAUUUGUACUCAACGUGCUCUAAAUUUGAUCGUACAACACAGAUGCAGGCAAUGAAUACGGUUAAAGAGCUCGGGAACAUGAUUAUUUACGUUUUAUCUCAUAAUCCCAAAUUUGGAAAGAAUUUGAAGGAACCACUUGAUGCCAUGAUGGACUUUGGAUUAAUUUCAGUUGAUGAAUGUGCUUCACAGAUGUCAGAAAUCAUAAAUCAGAUUCUAAAAUUUUUCUCAAUGGUUACACAGUCUUCUCCCUUCUAUGAGUUGAUUUCUAUGCAUCUGUCAAGGCUUGUAAACGUAAUUAAAAUGCAUAUAUCAACAGACAACGAAAGGAUUAUCAUGCAAAACUUAAUUAACAUCACUGCAUGCUCCAAUUCACUCACAUUCGACUCCUUAUUUAUUAUUAAAGUCCCUACAUUCCUUCCUGUCUUUCUUGCUGCUUUCGGAGAGUUUCCGAUAAUAAAUAAUGUAAUUGAACUGUUUACAAAGCUUUGCAAGUAUUCUCCUACAAAUUGCAGGGCUAUGCACGAUAGUGGGAUCGAUUCAAUCCUCAUAGAUUACGUUUCCAAGAAAGAUGAAAAAUUAUUUUUCAAAGGCACAACGUUUUCCAUCAAAAAUGUCAGCGAAGAUGACGCCUUUGGCCUCCUCUGGCUCAUUACCCGCGAGAAAUCCAGCUAUCCGAUCUGUUUACAGAUCAUGAAACUGAUUAUCUCACCUCCAAACAAAGAAAUGGCCUCACGGAUCCUUGCAGCCCAAACAGGAGAAGCGACUUCGAAGCAGAAAUAUGAGUUCCAGCUUGGUUUAAUCCAGCCAUUUGCGAUAAUGCCGGAAACUCCAUCGACAUUAUUCAAUAAAAAGAUGACAUUCUGCUUCUGGAUCAAAGUUGACGAGUCGCAGUUAUCAAUUGAGAACACGAACAUCAACAUUUUGAAGGUUUACAACGAGUUACAACAAAAUUUUUCUUUUUUUAUACAUAGAGGACUGUUUUACAUAUCAUUCAAUGACAUGAAAGACCCGGAAAACAACUCUAAGACAUCUUUAGGGUCUAUCAACAGCAAUUCAUGGGGUUUCUGCGCUUUCGUGAUCCAAAGAAUUUCAUUAGAGAAAAGUAUCGUCGGAUUUUUCGCCAACCACUCAUUGUUAUAUGCGAAUGAGGUGAACGCGAUAAUGUUCGACCAAGAUCUUCCGUUAACUUUUGAAAUUGGAGGAGAUGGAGUUUUCCAAAUCUCAAACAACGCCAUUCUCGGGCCAUUCGCCUUUGCAAACACUAUGUUGACGGAAGAGAACCUCCAAUCAAUAGAAAAAAGAGGAACAGAAGCUUUUAAUGAAGAAAAUUUUAUUGUAUCUACAAAUAUGAUACAAGAAAGUCUUCCAACCCAAAUAGAAACAUCCAUUGGUACUAAACUCCACCUGUUCUACGUAAGGAAUGCCCAACAUUCCCUUCAUUUCAUGCUAGGAAAAGGAAAUCACAUGUUGUCACUCGUCCAAUGCUUUUCAAAGGAUUUCGAGGUUCCAGAAGGAUUCCUUGAGAUCAUCAUUGGCCUUAUCAAGACAACUCUUUCCGAAAACGACAAAUUUCAGAAAGAAUUUCACGGAUUUCCUUUAAUUGGCAAACUCCUUGAAAAAGCCACGAACAAGCUCAGUUACCAAUUAUAUAUGGCUUUCUUCUCAUUGCUCGACUCAUUUACGGAAGAAACCAUAGUUUUCGAGUUAUUCGACGGAAUUAUUAUGAAUUUGGAGAUUUGGAAGCAGACAACUUUCUUCCAGAGGGUUGUAAACCAUUGGUCUCACAAUGCCGUUGCUCAGUGCAUCAAUCUUUUCAAGCGCCAGGGCUAUUUCAUCAAUUUGUUGAAUAAUUUCAGGACAAUUUACGAAGAAAGCCGUGAAAACAAGAAAUUAAUCAACUCCUACAACGGAUUAUUGGAGAAUGCAGGCACUACGUUCCUCACGAGUAAGGAUUUCAACCAAUUAUUCAUAAUUUUGACUGCUUAUUUUAAUGAAAUUGAAUUUUCUUUGUAUAUACUCAAUUUGAUUGCACUUUUUGCCAAGAGAUUUUCUAAAAGCCCCAACAGAGCAGAUAAAGAGAAACUUCUUUUGAAUUUAAUCCCUUUGGCAACGGAUAUCAAUGUAAUUAUCGGAAUUGUUCAAUGCCUGCAUAACUAUUCGUAUCCGAAUACAAUGGAAACAAUGCUUGCUGCUGGUUUCCACUUAAACAGGCACCCGGAAAAAGAAAAAAUUUUCAUCAAAUUAAGUGGCUUUGCAACAGAUUAUCCUGGCUUCUAUACUUUGUAUUGUAUCCUUCCAUUAUCUCUUCCUUAUACAUCGAAACAGCUCGCGGCUGCUUCUUUGAGCCUGAUUUCGACAUUACCUUUAUCAAAUUACACGAUACAAGAUGAUUUAUGGUACGUGUGGCCCAUACUUCUAUCCAUGUUCAUAACAGAAGACGCUUUCCAACACGUUGUCCAGUUUUUGACCCAUUUUUCAACGAAAGAUAACAUUGAACAGAUAAUUAUCACUGCACAGCUCAUUAUGUCCAUGAUAUACGUCGACAAAUGCGAUCUACUAAUUAAUUUGUUCGACCACGUUGGAGAAUCGCUGAAUAAAGAAUAUGCCAUUUUCUUAUAUCAAGCAUUCUUCUUCAGAUUCACAAAUAUACCUUUCUCGUAUACUCUUCUUGAAGAAUUCAACAACUCUCCGUUCAAAGAUUCGGUUUCAAACAUAGAUAUAACUCCAAUUAAAGAUCUUUUGACAUUUGACGAACUUUUGAGAGGAAACUUUGACCAUUAUGAUGUAAGAUUUGGUCUUUCAUCAGCUCCAAACGUUCUCGACCGCGCUUUGUCCAUUUUAGGCAAAUUUGCUCUGAUUUCCAUGUCAAACAUCGGAAAACAGAUUUCGGAAGUGAUCAAACGCAAGACAAACUUGGACAUAUUGGCCGAUUUGAAUGUUACAGACCUUACUUUGAUGUUUUCGCAAAAAUAUCGAAGUGAAUUCAUUAAAAAAAUCGACCAAAUCCACAAAACAAUUGUUAUUUCCAAGAACAGGAUUGCUGGGCAGCUAAAUCUCAACAAUAUUCUUGGAAAUUACAUUAAAAAAGAACAAGAUUUGAUCACUCCUCUUUCUGUUGACCAUUACUACAACUACAUGACUAAUUUCGACCUUGGCAAGACCACAAGAGUUCCUUCCUCCCAUACAUUAUGUGGUUUCAUUCCUUUAUUGAGUUGUUUAUCAUAUUUUGACGAAAGUUUUUGCGGAGAAACAGAAGAAGUCAACAUUUCUGACAUUAAUUUCUCAUCGAAAAACUUUGUUUCUCUUCCAAUAAACAUAAUAAACAACGACCAAAAGGAAUUCGCCUUCAUUUUCAUGAGCGAAACAGAGAUUUUCAUUGUUUCGCAAAAGAAAAGAGUCAAAUUAUUCAAUAACGACUCAAUUCGAUGUAUUUUUAAACGGCCGCCAUCGAGUUUGGAGUUUGUUUUCUACGAGAAUUGCUCUUUACUGUUCGAUUUCAACCCGUUGACAAUAGAAGAAGUAGUUGUUCACAUUGGAAAAAUCAAUGCAAAUAUAGUCAAUGAAAAUAUAGAAAAUUUGAUAAUUUUCAAUUCAAAUUUUGAGAGGUUUAUGGUCGCUCAAUAUUUUGAGGGAUUUUCUAUAUAUAAAAGUGACAAUUUGCCAACGAUAGAUGGCAAAAAUUACAAAGAGUUCUGUGAUAUAGAGAACAUUGAUGGGAAAACUAUUCUUUCCAAUAGAUUAAGUAUCGAAGGAUCAUAUACGAAUUCAUUAAACAGACAAAGUUUUGUUUUGCAUCUGCAACAAAACCAAAUUUUGUCAGCGACUUUCUUCGGAAAGAAUCUCGCGAUAUUCAUGAAAAACGGAGAAGUAAAUAUCUACAAACUGCUCCUCAACACAAUGCCUGAAUUGUCCAAUACUUUCUCUGAUAUUUUCUUGGAUGAUUCGUGCAUAAUCGCGCCAGGAAAAAAUUCUUUGACGAUAACAAACCGUUCAAAAAUGACGGUUGUAACGAUAUGGGAUAUCGUCACUCAUUCGAAUGUUACAAAAUUACAUGAGCAAUGGUGUAAGGAUGGGGAUACUCCUGCAUGGAUAAGUUCCACUGGCUGUAUCUCUGUUUCUGGACUGAAUAUUUUCAUUCCAGAAAAAGUUUGUUCAUUUGUUUUCUCUCAAUCCGCUGGAAUUUUGGCUGCUUCCACUGACAAAUGCAGAGUGUAUGUACACUCUAUAUUUAGACAUGAAUUGUUCUCGUGCAUUGAGUUGCAACAACAACCUGAUUCGAUGCUUGUAACUAAUUCAAGUGGUUGUGUUGUGAUUGCAAUGAAUGGAAUGAUAAAAGUGUACACGGCAACAGGAAAAUUCCUUGGAGAAAUUAAUGAGAAUGCAGGAAAAAUCAUUAAAUUUGUUAUGAAAGGUAUUGAUUUCAUUGCUUUCUGCAAUUCAUCGAAUGUAAUUAAAUGUUGCUGCAUUUAUGAUUUGACAAAAACUUUCGCUGUAGGAGAAGUCAAAUCAAGAGUGAUUGACAUGACUUAUAUUGAGGAUUAUAAGACUCUCUUCGUCAUGUGCACUUCAGGAAAGAUUCACAUGUUACCUGUGAAUUACCAAUAA